AUGAUGGGAAAUAAAAAAUGCUGGGCUGAAAAAUUUAAGUAAGCUCUGAACAACAAAGACUCAUAGGAAAGAUAUGCAAUCGAAACAAAUUGGUGGAAUGAUUUCAAAAGUCAACUCAUGAUACUAAUUGAAGUUUAUGAUUUCGAUAUGGAUGAAAAUGAUAUACUCUUAGCUUCAGAAAAUAAAUUUGACAACUCAAAGCUGAUAAAAGAAGGUGACUAUGAAGAGAGGACGAAUCUCAUAAACAAAAUGAAGGAGCUAAACAAAGAUAGUAUUAAAACUAUGCAAGAUUACUUUAUGAUUAAUCCCUCACUCUCAGUAAAUAAAGACUUUUCUCUAAUAAACGGAGAAGCCUACAACAUGCUUAUACAAUAAAAUUAUGGAGGUCCAAGUAUUAGAUUUUUUGUUGAUGAUAUUUAGAGUCAUACUGAUUUAAAUGACAAGGUAAUUACUAGUUUUAUGGAAGGGAGUGAUAGUUUAAAAGAAAAUUAAUAUAUCGAUCUUGAUACUAUGUAACUAGGCAUUAUCAUUAAGCAUAAAGAUAAAACUAUUAUUGAGGUUGGCUACUAUCCUAAAAAUAAGUCUCUCUCCCAUAUCUUAAAAGUAAUAACUAAAAGAAUGAACAUCGACUACUCAUAAAUGGCAGUUGAUAUGAGAAAAGCAUCAACCUAAGUCAGAAAAGACAGUAACUGUGAUUCAAUUGAAUAAGAUAAAAAGACACUUGCUGAAGGAACAGAUGAAAACUUCUUUUUACUAGAAUAUCCUAAUCAAUCUGCAGAAUAAAAAUCAAAUAAAAACUUACUAGAACUAGGAAUUUAGCAGAAUCAAAUUAUUAUUUUCACAGAUUAAUACAACAGUGCUGCUUAAGUAUUGGAAUAAGAUGAAAUAUGCUUUGAUGGACCCGAUCUUUUAAAUUUUACUGAAUAAGGAUUUUAAGAUCAUGGAAUUCAUUUCUAAAAUGACUUUAAUAAUCAAGAUAUUUACAAGAAUUCAUCAGGUUAAAAGAAUAACUCAGUUUCUGAAAAAAGAGGAGCUGAAUUCUCAGCUAAUGCUAUGUACAUAAACACUGCUAGAAGAAAUAAUUUUUUGGACAGUUAUAAUCUACCCCAUAAUAAUUAGUGCACAAAUGCCACCUUAGAGUCCACAUUUGACUCUCCAACAUAGGUUCAUAAUAACUCUGUUCAAUUUAUGAGAUCAGAUGAUGAAGGAGAUGAUGAAAAUGAAAAUUUUAUAGAAGCAAAUAAUGGUGUUAAUUACGGAUCUUCAUAUCCUCAUAAGAGAAAUAUCCUCAAAAGAAAUAAGCACUCAGACGAAUCCACUGAAGAGAAUGAUCCUGAUGACGAAGACAAUAAUUUUAAUUAGGAAUCUAAAGGCUUUAAUAAAAUGAAUGGAACAUAGUCAAAUUAACUUCAAGUUCCUCGUUAGGUUAUUGGAUAAGCAAAGAGCUAAGAAGAGAUUGACUAAAUAAAUUAGGAAAUAAAAAACGCAUUAGGAAAAUGUGGCACUCUUGUAAUAAAAAAGCUUACUAAUUAAUAAAUAGUGCAAAAUAUGAUCUCAAUGAUAAAUCAAACUCAACUAGCUAUCUAGGAGCAGCUUCAACAAAGGGCUAAAUAAGAAAAGAAUGUUCUUUAAGCAUAAUAGCUAGAGAAACUAAGAUUUAAAGAUUUUUCUGAUUAGAAAGGAGAUGACAGUGAAAGAACUUCAUCAACAAGCACUUAGCCUGAAAAUAAAAAGAAGAAAAAACGUAAAAUAAGCAACAACAUACUCUUUGAUGAAAACAUUUGUGAUGCCGAAGACGCUUCUCAAUUUAUGAAUUGA